CGAGCAGCCCUCUCCCUCCCCCAGCACCGAUGGACUUUCCUCCCCACAGCGGCGGCACAGCCAUGAGCGCCCGGCCGCCGAUCUUUGUGGAGGGCGAGGAUUGCAGGGCGGCCUGGCGGAAGGCAGCGGCCGGCUACGAUGCACCAGACACCCACCUGGAGAUCCUGGGGAAGCCGGUGAUGGAGCGCUGGGAGACCCCCUACAUGCACUCGCUGGCGGCCGUGGCUGCAUCGAGGGGCGGCCGCGUGCUGGAGGUGGGCUUCGGCAUGGCCAUCGCCGCCACCAAGGUGGAGGAGUUUGACAUCGAGGAGCAUUGGAUCAUCGAGUGCAACGAGGGAGUUUUCCGGCGGCUGGAGGAGUGGGCCAGGACGCAGCCGCGCAAGGUCGUGCCUCUGAAGGGGCUGUGGGAGGAGGUGGUGCCGACGCUGCCGGACGGGCACUUCAGGGGGAUCCUGUAUGACACCUACCCGCUGUCGGAGGAGACCUGGCACACGCAUCAGUUCGCCUUCAUCAAGGACCAUGCCUUCCGCUUGCUGCAGCCGGGCGGGGUCCUCACCUACUGCAACCUGACCUCCUGGGGGGAGCUGCUGAAGACCAGGUACACCGACAUCGAGAAGAUGUUUGAGGAGACCCAGGUAGGGCACCUGGUGGAGGCCGGCUUCAAGGAGGAGAACAUCAGCACCACGGUGAUGGAGCUGGUCCCCCCCAAGGCCUGCAGGUACUACUCCUUCCACAAGAUGAUCACACCCACCAUCGUUAAGCACUGAGGGCGCCGCCAGCCUGGCACCGUCCCUCGGGGCUGCCCCGAAGCCGCAGGAAGCAAACACUGACGAGGAGAGGCUGGUUAUGUGCACUGGGAGGAGGAGAAAUUAAGCUCUUAUCUCCUUUGAUGCUAAGGACAGAAGAUCAAAGCUGAUUUAUCUGGAGGUGGGAGAUGGCUGGAGGCUUGGGAUGGAAGUCUGGGGGCUCCAGGAGACGUGGACAAAGGACUUGGGACUCCCUGCCCCACCGGGGAUGUCGGCGAGGGGAUGGAGGCCCCUGCCCCGGAGGGGUCUUCUGGGCUCUGCGGAGGAGGGUCCCACCCUGCGCUUGCCCAGAGGCUGGUUCCCACACAAGCCUCGCCCUCUUCUCCAAACACCUCAGUUAAGCUGCAAUUCAAGAGCACAGCUCGGAGCCUUUAGCCAAAGGGUUCACGGGCCAGACGUUUCCUCUAAAAACUGUAUCAUUUCUAGAAAUCAUGGGGUGGCUUUCGAGCCAAAUAAACUAAACCAGGCAGGAGAAAUGGGGAAGUCGGAGGCAUUUCGGCUGCUCCUGCAGCAGCUCCCCAGUGAAGUUUCCCACUGCAGCAAGUCCUGAUCCCAACCACCUCCUUGCAGUCCAAUAGCGUGUAAAUGACGUUUCCUCUCUCUACCCAGAAGGGAUAAAAUCCAUUAAAAAAACGGAAAGAAAUCCACAA